CUCAACUGCAUUGUCUUUGGCCGCAACUCACGCCAUAUUUUCCCAGUCGACAUUGAGCGGACGCAGACUGUUGGUCACCUGAGAAAGGCUAUCAAAGAAGAGAAAAAGCAUGCAUUUAGCGGCGUGGAUGCAGACAGUCUCCAGCUAUGGAAGGUCGACCUGCCUGUUGACGAUACAAUCGAGCACAAUCUUAACAAUCUUACACUUGACCAAACGAAAUCCUUAUCACCUGUGAAGAAAUUGCAAAAAGUUUUUUCUGAGAUACCUGAGGAUGAAUCUCUGCAUGUUGUUAUCCGGGCCCCACCUGCCGUGUCGUCUGAACCACUCCACCUCAACUGCAUUGUCUUGGGCGAUGACCCAAGCCAUAUUUUCCCAAUCAACAUUGCGCAGACGCGCACUGUUGGUGACCUCAAAGAUAUGAUCAAGGAUAAGAAGAAGCGAUAUUUUGACCAUGUUGAUGCUGACAGUCUCAAGUUAUGGAAGGUGAGU